CAACUAAACCCUAGCUUGGCGUCCCGCCCUCUGUUCCCGGGUUUAAGCUGGCACGCUUCCUCAGAUAUAGAAUCCUGGAACUCCAUUGUCUGGCACUGCCCUGCGGUCGUGCGAGGUCUCCAUUGACGAGAUAAGAGCUCGGUUUGGUUUGGGGAGCAACCGUUGCAUCACCUUCGAGUAUUAUGGCGAAGGACCCUUCCUUUCUAUUCGCCGGCGUCCACUUCAAUAAGAAGAAGUUCGCCAACGAUUUCGCUAGGUUUGAGAAAAAGGUGAAGGACGAUUCAGUCGAUGACAAGAGCUUAUUCGGGACGGCUGAAGCCGUGCAGGAGAAUGCGGCGGCGCCACCUCCCAAGAAGAGGAAGAGGAAUAGGAAGGGAGUGGCUUCAGAUCCCGUAGAGGGUUUUAAUGUCUUCAAGAGCUCGCAAUCGGAACCUGAUAUUCCUGAGGAAAAGACAGAAAAAGAUGAAGAUGGCCCUUCAAAGGAAAAGAAGGAACUUUUUAGGCAGAUGGAGCGUAAUGCAAUUUUCAGGAAGAAGCACAACAUUCAUGUUUCUGGGGCUAACGUUCCGUCCCCACUACAGAAUUUUGCGGAAUUAAAGACCAGGUAUGGAUGCAAAUCUUAUAUACUGCGGAAUAUGGCAAAACUUGGAUUUAAGGAGCCUACUCCAAUCCAGAGACAGGCCAUUCCAGUUUUAUUAUCCGGUCGAGAAUGCUUUGCUUGUGCUCCCACUGGUUCUGGGAAAACCAUGGCUUUUGUCUGUCCCAUACUUAUGAAACUCAAGAAUGCAUCAAACGAUGGAAUUCGCUCUGUUAUUCUUUGCCCCACAAAAGAGUUAGCUAUUCAAACAACCAGGGAGUUUAAGAAAUUGGCCAGAGGAAACAAAUUCCGCAUCAAGCUGGUGACUAAAGCGCUCGUAAAAACCUCUGAUUUGUCCAAAAUGCACUGUGAUGUUCUUAUAUCCACUCCUCUGCGUUUGUGGCUCGCUAUCAGAAAAAGAAAGAUGGAUCUAAGCAGGGUUGAGUUUCUUGUGCUGGAUGAAUCGGACAAGCUCUUCGAACUCGGUUUACUGAAGCAGAUUGAUUUUGUUGUCAAAGCAUGCUCCAAUCCUUCAAUAGUAAGAUCCUUGUUCAGUGCUACCUUGCCUGAUUUUGUUGAAGACCUUGCCCGGACAAUAAUGCAUGAUGCUGUUCGAGUUAUUGUUGGUAGGAAGAACACGGCAUCUGAACUAGUUAAACAGAAAUUGGUCUUUGCUGGCAGUGAAGAGGGAAAGCUUAUCGCACUCCGACAAAGCUUUGCUGAGAGCCUGAACCCUCCAGUUCUGAUUUUCGUACAAAGUAAGGAGCGUGCAAAAGAACUCUAUGGAGAACUAGCAUUUGACAACAUUCGAGCUAAUGUAAUCCACUCGGAUCUGUCACAGAUACAGAGAGAGAAUGCUGUUGACGAUUUUAGAUCAGGCAAAACAUGGGUUUUAAUCGCCACUGAUGUUGUUGCCCGAGGGAUGGAUUUUAAAGGCAUCAGUUGUGUCAUCAACUUCGACUUCCCUGACUCUGCAGCGGCAUAUAUUCACCGGAUCGGUCGAUCUGGAAGAGCUGGAAGGAGUGGGGAAGCCAUCACUUUCUACACAGAGGAGGACAUCCCCUACCUGCGGAAUAUAGCCAACGUUAUGACGGCUUCAGGCUGUGAGGUACCUCAGUGGAUCCUGAGCUUGCCUAAAAGGAAGUGGAAGAAGCACAGGCCAAGAAGAGAAUCAAUUUCAGCAAAACCAGAGGAUGAGAAUGAAUAAAAUAGGUUCGAUCUGGAAGAGUCGUCCUCUUACCUUAUUCUUUAUGUUCUGUAAAAGCAAUCUUCAGCUGUUUGUUUUAGCUAAUAUUACAACAUCAUACCAAAGUAGUUUGUGUUGUAGAAGCAGCAAAUAUUUUCUGUUAGUAAGACCAUAGUGGCCAAUCUCGUAAACAUCAGAACAUGUCACAAAGAGCAGAUGCUCUGAAACUCCAACUGCAAUUGCAAAACUUUUGGCUUCUCCA